AUGCCGCAACAAAGUGCGACCACCUUCCUUGAGCGCCAGUGGGAGCAGGAGCCGGCGGUUUUCAGGGCAACACCAGAGCGCCGCCAGCUCUUUGAUGGCCUCUUCUCAUUUGCUGAGCUGCAACGCCUCGCACGAAUCUGUGAGCAGGAGGGAAAACCGCUGGAGUUUGGAGUUGAUGUGAAUGCCGCCCGCUACUUGAAUGGAGUUCGGGAGACGCUCAACGGCGAGGUUGCAGAUGCUGCCACCAUUAACAGGUUGUUUGCAGAGGGCUGCACCAUGCAGCGCUUCAGCGAGGAGCUGUGGCGCCUCCUGGCCGCCCUGGAGCGCCAGCUUGGAUGCCUGGCGGGGUGCAAUGCAUACCUGACGCCCAAGGGCACACAAGGCCUGGCCCCACAUUAUGAUGAUGUUGAGAUUUUUGUGGUGCAGACAGAGGGCAGCAAGCGCUGGCGCCUGCACCGUCCGCCUGCCGACAGCGGUGCCUCCACGGCGGCAGGCGGCCUGCUGGCCCGCUGCCACCUGGCCAACCAGGUCAGCGGAGACCUGCAGCCCGCCGACAUUGGCGAGCCAGUGCUGGAGGUGGUGCUUGAGGCUGCUGAUGUUCUUUAUAUCCCCAGGGGCACCAUUCACCAAGCCGAGGCGCAGAUGCACAGCAGCAGCCACUUGACCCUGUCCACGUAUCAGCGCUGGUCUGCCGCGGACCUGGUCCAGUACGCUGUCUCGGUGGCCUUGGCCAACCCGCAGCUGCAGCCGCUGCUGGCGCCGCCGCUCAAGGCGGGUCUGCCGCUGCGCUGGCUCUCCGAUGCGAGCCUAUCUGCUGGCGACGCGAUCGCGAUGGCAGCGGCGGCAGGCGGGUUUGGCCCCGGCUCCAUGCUGCCCGCCGCGCCAGCGGGCAGCGGCCAGGGCAGCGGCGACGGCAAGGCGGCGCUGGCACGACAGCUGGCGGCCGCCUGCCGCAGCAUGGCAGCAUGCCUUGAGGAUGCAGAGCUGGGGCCGCGCCUGAUGCUGACCGCGGGGGACGCAAUGGCCGAGGAUUUCAUGCGCAACAGGCUGCCACCGCACCCGGAACAGCUGCCGCCGCUUGGCCCGGCGCCUACGCUGGCCGACACGGAUGGCGGCGAGGAGGGGUGCGGCAGUGAGUGCGAGGAGGACCACGAUCACCACCACCCCCACCACCAGGGGCAUGGAGCCCACUCCCAAGAAGAGGAAUACGAGCAUGAGCAAGGCGACUGCUGCGUCCCGGCCGCCUGGGUGCGCCUCGUGAGCUGCCUGCACAACGACCGAGGCAGCCACAUGAUGAGCGGCGGCGGGGACGGCGGCAGCGACCAGGAGGGCAGCAGUGGCAGCGAGGAUGAGAGCGGUAGCGAGAUGUCCAGCGAAGACGUGGAGGAACGGCUGCCGGGUGUUAAGAAGGCGAUGGCAGCGGCCACGGCGGUCAGCCGCAAGCGAAAGCCACAGGAAGCUGAUGCCGAGGUGCUGGGCGCCAGCAGCGAUUCGGAGGAUAUUGAGGACAGCAGCGGGGAGGAGGAGGAGGACGAAGAGGAGGAGGAGGGCCAGGAGGAUUUAGUGUUUCCUGCAGAGUUUGCGCCCGCCCUGGUGCAACUGCUGGGCAGCGCAGCGGAUGCAGCGGGCGGCGGCAGGCCAGUGCCUGUGCGCAGCAUUGCACUGCCAGAGCCGGAGCUGCAGCUGCAGGUGGCAGUGGCUCUGUGGGACGCCGGAGUGCUUCGAGCCGUCCCGGCCAAAAGUCAGCAGAAGGCGGGCAAACAGCACAAGGCCCAGCAGGAGCAGAAGGGACGCGGUGGCAAGGCAGAGAAGAAGGCCGCCAAAGCGCCGCCACCUGGUGCCGCUUCAGCGGGGGGUGGCAAGAAAGCCCGCAGGGUGGCUGGCUCCAAUGCCAAAAAGCACAAAGCCUAA